ACGCUCUCGCCCCUCGUCUCCCUCCCUCCUCUCCAUCGUCUUCUUCCCAGCCUCACCUACUGCUACUCUUUCUCUCUCCACCCAAAACUGAAUCCCCAAAGCGCCAGCGACAGAAUCACGCGACGACGCGAAUCUUCGUCCCGUAAACCCUAGCGCGGUCUACCCUCCUCAGCCCGGAGCCGUCUCCGUCGCCUCGCCCACCGGAUUCCCCGACGAGGGUUUUGGGAGGGUGGUGCGCCGCCCCUGCCGUCCGGGGAUAGCCUGCGCGUCUCGAUCUCGGGGGAGCUAGGGUUUUGUGAUCUGAGGCCUCGAGGUCAGCGGCGUCGCCCUGGUUCUGAUGAGAAUUGGCAGUCUAAUGCUCAGAUUGGCCGCCGGCGACGACGAGAGGAGCAGCUUCGUUGGCAGCGGCGGCGGAGGCCUCAGGUUCACCGCUCCCAAGGUCCGUACACGGGACAAGGGCGCCCCUAUAUCCCUCUAAGUCCAGAGGGUUGCUGGUGUUGAGACGUGGAGCCUUCGCUGAAGAAACUGGGGAAUGACGAGGAUCUUCGUGCAGCGUGGGCCCGGUGGCUCCUCGUCCAACUCGGCUCGCUCGGGCUCACAGGCACUGCAGCAGCAACAGCAGCAGCAGCAGAACCAGCCAGCAGCAGCUGCCCGGGAGGAGGAGCUUACGGUGCAGCCGCAGCCACUGGAGCUCUUGGCUUCAGGUGAUACGACUGAGCAUCUACUUGAGGGUGGCGAAAGUAGUAGCAAUGAUCCUUCAAGGCUGGUUGAAACUGUGUCUGAGAGCUCAAGUCAUGUGGAAGAGGGAUCUGAGAGAGAGAAACCCCCCAAGGAUGACUCCAAUGUGACCGAUCCCCCUUUCUUGAUGGAGCUGUCAGGACUCCAGCUUUCGGAUCAGUUUGAGCAGGCGAAUCCUGUGCAGUCAGGCACUGUGCCAUCGCAGAUAACCGGCGCAGCAUCACACCCACCGCCUCCUCCGGCUCCACCACCAAAACCAUCAUCAUCUGCUAAUAAUGGGUUGAGGAGAAUGGGAUCUGGAAGCUCAAAUGGUGUGCGGAUUGGAUCUUCAAGAAGGCCAACUGCUUGGCCACCAGUGGCAGCUUGGACAUCUGCUUCGGGUUCUCGCCCUUCUUCCCCUAGGUCACUUGCUGAUUGUGAAGGGUACAAUAGUGCAGAUGAGCAAGGUGCCUGUUACACCUCUAGCUAUGAUGAUUCGGAAAGGGAGCAUAUGUUCGAACAUGACCUAAGGCGAGUGAAAGGGUUUGAAAUAAGAAAGAUGGCAGCAGAUGGGAAUUGCCUGUUCAGAGCAGUUGCUGAUCAAGUUUAUGGCGAUCCAGAAACUUAUGAUAUGGCUAGGCAGAUGUGUGUUGACUAUAUGGAAAGAGAGCGGGAUCAUUUUUCUCAGUUCAUGACGGAGGGCUUUACACCAUAUUGUAAAAGGAAAAGAAAAGACAAGGUGUAUGGCAAUAACAUUGAGAUCCAGGCAUUUGCUGAGAUGUACAAUCGUCCAAUUCACAUAUAUUCAUACAGUACAGAGCCUAUUAACAUUUUUCAGGGAAGUUAUAACACAGAUGUUCCUCCGGUUAGGUUAAGUUACCAUCACGGUAACCAUUAUAAUUCAGUUGUUGAUCCUCGUCGGCUGACAGUUGGGGCAGGCCUUGGAUUUAGCUCCCUUAGAGGGACCAACAGUGUUGACAGAGACCAAGUGAAGGCUGCAAUAAAAGCUCAGCAAGAUCAGCAGAUUGAGAACGCACUUUUGGCUGAAGGGCGACUCUACUCUGAUCUGGAGUUAACUGAGAAGGAAAUAGAGCGGAUGGUGAUGGAGGCCUCUCGGGCAGAGUAUCUGAACCAGCAGCAAGUUAACUUCAGAGAGUCAUCAAGGUCAGGGGCAGAGCCAUCUUCCUCCGCAGCAAUUAGUGGAUCAUCUGGUUCGGCAGCGGAUAGAGGCAGUGAGAAUUGUUUCGUACUCCCAGACACGGUGCUGACUCGCAGCAUGCAGUUGCUUCUGGCAAUGGGCUUUAGUUACAUGCAAGUGAUGGAAGCCUACAGUAUAUUCGGAGAGGACAUGGACUCGAUGAUCUGCUACCUGGUGGAGAUGGGAGGCACCGGAGCCUCCGCAGGCGGCAGCAACCGCCGGAAAGGGAAGGCUGCUGAGUGAUGUGUGCACCUUUCUAGAGGCGACUGAGGAUCGAAGUUAUCAGGCGUAACUUUCAGGACUACAUACAAAAUAACGAUAGCCUCUGUGAGUUAAGAAGACAUCGAUGUUGUGCUGCCAUUUUGGGGAAUAUAUAAUAAAUAAUGAAUAAAAGGUACUCUCAAGAGACUCUCUAUUCGAUCUGGUGUUUGAAUGGUGUCUGUUGUAGUACGUACUUUUGAUCUGUUGAGUCAAGCUGCUCCCUUGUGACCA